AUGUGUGAUAAUUCUCUCUUCGCUCAGCUCUGUCGAGCAGAGGAGCGACUUCUCUCCUCGAUGACGCAAAGUCCUGACGCCUUGGAAGAAUUUAGUCGUUCUUGGGCCAAACUCCAGACAUCGAUAAACGAAGCUGUUGAGCAAGACACACUGGAUGAAGACACUGCAACCCUUGCACAAACCGUAUCUGCCAGAAUCGAAGUAAUUGCAAGCCUCUUCCUUGACCUGCACACGGAGACGACGGCUUUCUCCUCUUCACUGCAAGAUGACUUGACCGCCAUAUUCUCGAAUCUGACACUGUCUGAGGCUUCGGGUAAGGACACGGAACAAUCGGAAUCGGUCGCAUCAUCGUCUCUCCCACCUUAUAUUGAACCUGCGUAUACAUGGCUAUUGCACAACCUCCACAACCCCUACCCAUCCAAACAGGAGAAGGCCUAUUUUUCGCUACAAUCGGGUUGCAGCCUCAAGGACAUUGAGCACUGGUUCACUAGUGUUCGAAGACGCAUCGGCUGGAAUAACCUACGCGUGCAGCGUUUUAGAAAUAAGCGCUGCCUGAUUGUGCAAGCGGCAACUCGUUUCUUCGAUUCCUCUGCAGAUCCACUGGAUGCGGGCCAACACAUUGCCUUCGCCACUGUCUUGCGUAAUGUAGAGAAUCUCUAUCAGAGGACACUUCACAAAACCUCUCUCACUCCAACGUCUAACGAUCAAGAUCGAACAUAUCCAGAUCGAGGUCGCAGACACACUCUGGCGAGACCCCUUCGUCGUCGCCAGCAGCACACGACAGGGGCUUUUGCAUAUCCAUCCCCCAGCAAUUCGGCCAGCAAUUCUCCAGAACGUUUUUUCUCGUCUCCAGAACCUUCCGCGUCGCCGUAUUCUCCUCCCAUAUCCUGUACCCACAAUCGCAAGCGCCGCCAAUCUAGUAUUACCGACUCCGAUUAUGACAGCAACGACGAAAAAUUACGUCCGUCUAAACGGAGCAGAUCUUCAAUUCUUAGUGACGGCGGCGCCUUUACCUUACCGACGCCUGUGGCUUCUCCAACGGCGUCGUUGGACUCGUCUUUAAGUGAUGUCGGUGAACCCGAAACCCUUAGACCUCCAAUCCUUUCCACGAAACGCAAACGGCGCCUUUCGGAAGGCGAUGAAUCAGAACAUGUGUCCAAGCGACCUCACUCGGCACUAAACAACGGUUCUCGAGUCAAUCAUACCCCGACACAAGAUCAUCAGAAGGCCACGCCCUUUGACUCUUGGCUUCAUGGGACUGAAGAGCGAAUAGUGCUCACGGAUGACAUACCUAAACCAGUAACAGCUGAAACCCCCUACGACGCAGAUGAGCUCGACGUUGCGUUCCAUCAGUAUGAUUACUCCCCCUAUGCAACAGAAUUGAGCCUCGAAGCUGGCAGCACUGGAACUCGGGACUCAAGUCGAACUCCUGAAUCAAUUCCCCACGUCGAUCUGGCCCCUAUCUCCUUUGUGCAAGAAGCUCAAGGCAUCGAUUUCGCGGCAUUUCUUGACUUCAAUCAUGUGUCGCUAAGUCAGGACAGCUCCUUUUUCGCUGAUGCCUCUGCUGGCUUCCAUUCUCCAUUCAAUCAUAUGGACGUACUUCCGGCCAUCUCUAUGGAGCUUCCCUCAGAGUCAUAUCCUUUGCAACUCGAAUGGGCUUCACUUCUCGACAGCCACAGUUCUCUGCUGUCUCCCGGCACAAGCAAGCCCUCCAUCCUCGGUGAUUAUAAUUCACGCACUCUUUCUUCAUUGAUCACAAUGCACCCUGGUGAAAAGUGGGCGAAGCACGAACAUGUCAGUUCUCGACGAGACGAGCUCUGGCAGCUGGGGGCUGGUAUCUCAGUCUAA